CCUGCCGUUAUAAAUAUCUCUCUCUCUCACUCUCUCUCUCAUUCCAUCUCUACUCACAAAGAAAAACCCUUCUCUCCCUUCCCAAAACCAUAAAAGAAUUACGAUGGAAGAGCAAGAUGAUCAAGUGUCAAUGACAGUAGAAGAUUUCGACGGAGGAGAAGCUAUUUUGGAGGACUCAGCUGGUUCUCAAACCGACGAUCAACUCGCGCAUUUCGCUGGACUGUUGAAGAUUGGAGAACAAACAAGGGAGUAUGAUGGAGUGAAGAAGACUUUUCUAACGGGAAUGAAAGGGCAUGCUAAAGACACACAGGUUGUUGCCAUUUACAAGAACUCUGCUUCUACUUCGCCUAUGAAGGCUAGGUUUGCUGCGUUUAAAGCUUUUGAACAGGUCGUUUCGCAAAAGAAUGGAGGCCAAGGAAAUGCAAAUGUUAAGUAUGGGUGGUAUAGUGGGUCGAAGGAGGAAAUUUCUCAGAUCAUUUCCCAUGGUUUUGGUUGGUGUAAUGGUCAAUCACAUGGCGUUGGUGUUUAUUUGUCUCCUACUAGUUUUCUCCUUGAUGGGUUGGAAUCUUCAAGGGCUGAUGAAAAUGACAUGAGGCAUAUUUUGUUAUGUAAAGUGAUCAUGGGGAAGAUGGAAGUGAUUCCUGCUGGUUCCAAGCAAAGACAUCCAAGUUCAGGGGAGUUUGACUCCGGUGUUGACAAUCUUGAAGCACCAAGAAGAUUGGUUGUCUGGACCACUUUCAUGAAUUCUCACAUUCUUCCUGUUUACAUCAUAAGUUUCAAGGCACCUUCUUCCACUACUUUGCUAAUAAAUCGGAUCAGUGAAAUAAGAAACUUGGGUUUUGUGAGUGUCUCUGCUCUACAUCUCACAAUGGUAAAGUUUUUGGGUCCUGCCAAGGGAGCCUUGAUUUCCAGAACCUAUGACGACUUUGCCAAACGCAAGGUCACUGGAGUGCAACUGUUCCAGGCUGUGAGGCAGAUCACUGGGGACGACCAGCUGUUGAUUGAGAUCUUUAAAUCAAGCACAAACAAGCGUGUGAGACGAGCAACAAGGAGAACCUGUGCAGCUCAGGCAGCAGCUGAGCUGAGAAGGAGAUAAGCAAGCUAGCAUAGUGUUUGAUUCAGAAUGCAUUCUAUCAGGAUUUUAUGGAUGCAUCCAAGAUUUUCAGUUUUAUGCAGGAACUACAAGUUUGCUUGUUAGCUCUUAUUUUUUUUAUUAUAUAGAUAUAUAGGUGUAAUUGUGUUCGGUUGUUUUUGUCUUGUUGCUUGGAGUUUUUCCAUGCUUUAUAGCAGGAUGUUCCAGUUGAAGUUGAAUUUUGAGUGACAAAGUAACUUCAUAUAUCACAAAAAAAGAAACAAAGGGAAGUGCUUUGCUGACAUAUGGCGUUGUUCUAGUUAUUGAAGUUGUUACGAGGGUGCAACAGGCUUUAUCGUCUCUUUAUUCUGAAUCCAGAAAGCAAAACAUGAAAAGUGCAAGAGGAUUUGUUUCCUGAGAUUUUUGUUCAAGCGCCUGUGUCAAGAAUAUCACUCCUUAUUGAUGACCAGUUCAACAAUAAGCUAAAGAGAUGCAAAACCUAAUGGAUUUCUGGCUCUGGUGGUUGAUUAAUCUAAGAACUAGUUCUUGAUGGAGAUUCUCUCACAUUGCUGACUCCGUUUUUAUAAAUCAGAGAAGCAGAUUGAUUCUUAAAGCAUUGAGUCGUGCUACUCUUUUUUUCUCAUUAAAAAAUACUAGCUUGAAAAGAAAGGUGGCAGCAGUGAGGAGGUAGUAUUGGCAGCUGGACUACAAGUUCCGAAUGCGGACAGAUAUCUAGCCUGGUUAUCUGGCUGAAAAUAAGUGCUAUACAGCACAAGGAUCCAAGGUGAAUACUGACCACCUGGCCUGUGGUGGUUGCAGAAUGGCAAGUCACUGGCAGAGAGGAGGUAUUUUGGGUUUAAAUCGUACUGUUGAUAAACAAGAUGGAAGGCUAGACCAGAUGAUAAUAUUGCGAGUUACUAAGUUGUCAAUGCGCUACGAAAACUUGCACUUCUGUCUGUUUAGUGCAUAUGACUCUGGGUCCAUGUCCACGCUCUUUUGCAUGGAGUGGUAGAAAACUGCUAUGGUCGAGAUAGAAUGACUGCGAAUUUUGUGGGCUUUUCAUAGUCUAAACUAAGACUAGCAGUGGUGAGCAAUUGUGACCUGAACCGAACCCUGAGCUGAGGAUUGAGCAAGUUAGCUCAGGAAAUGUGGCAGCCCACAAGGAUGGAACAAACACUGUUCUCAUUUCUAUGCCAUUUAUCGCAUCAUGGACUGGAUACUGCAGUUCUAGCUCUGGACGAUUAAUUUUGUAUCGACUGCCUUGUACCUGUUCCAGGAAAUAAAUUCUAUCUUUCAGUAAGCCAAUUCCAAUUUCCUUGGUACUUUAUCUUUCAGGGAUUAUUAUAGUCAAAUCACCAUUUUAUAGCAACAUUGAUACUUCUUUUCCGCCUGUCUGGAUAUUGACAUCCAUUACUCUGGAACUAAAUGGAUUUUUUGGAAGAUGAUACAGGGUUUGAUGUUCGCUUCCUUUUUUGAAGAAAAAGAUGCUACCUACUUCAUGAUUCUGGCAUCAGAAUGAAGUGAUGAAAAAGCCUUAUUACACCACAAACAACUCUAGUAACAUGUUCUAGAAGAGGGCCAUCAAUAAGCUAUGCCAUUCCCUUCUGCUAUCAUUUGUUGACUCUGCCGCCAUCCUUGCUGCUGGAUGCGCUCGCUGCAGCCUGUUCCGGAAUAGGGUGGUCAGUAUUUGUUUCGAUAUUCUCAGGCCAUGUUAGCUCUAUACAACAAUGCAAACACAAAAUUGAACUUCAAAUGUAUUACCAUACUUCCCGUGAAAUCCUAGAUCGAUUCAAGCCCAUGCUUGUCUUGUCAAACGUUUUGCACAGAAGCAAGCCAAAACCUCAAGAAUAAUUGGAUUGGCUGUCAUACAGGCCUAUUUCUCCUUUGUCUCUA